AUGGCAGACGAGUACAUCGCUUUCUACACGAACACGAACAGGACAAGCGCAUGGGCUCAUCGCGUUGAGAUCACUUUCGCUGAAGCGGGCGUAGAGCCCGCGAUAGCAUUCAUUGACCUGAAGAACAAGCCUGAGUGGUUUACAACGACGGGCAACCCGCUUACAAAGCAAAUCCCUGCCAUCGCGUACGGCGGCCCGCGCGUGCCAGCCGACCAACCCUCACCGGACUCCGUCAAGUUGACCGAAUCUUGCGUCCUGCUUGAGUUCCUCGCCGACAUUUACCCCCGCGCCAAUCUUCUUCCCAACGAUCCUGUGCAGCGAGCGAAAGCGCGCUUCUUCAUCGAGAAGGUCAACAGCACGCUGAUGAAGUCCUGGGCGGCGUUUCACCAGCGCCAUGGGCCUAAGGACGAAUUCAUAUCCGGAUUGGAGGCCGUUCAGAGCCUGCUGCCUGAGACGGGGUUCGCUGUGGGGGAGUGGUCCAUCGCCGAUGCGAGCGUGGCGCCGUUCCUUGGGCGGGCGGAGGUGGCUUUAAAGGGCGACUUGGGAUCGUGGGAGACCGGCGUUGGCCCGGAGACCUAUAAGGAGAUCUUUGAAAGCGAGCGUUUCGCGAGGCUCGUCGCGUACUGGCGCGACAACCAGGCGAGGGAAAGUUGGAAGAAGACUUGGAAUGAGACCGGAUUCAUGGAGUUCAUGGGGAAGAGGUUUGCUCGCGCGAUGUGA